AUGUCGUUCAUGGGUGGCGCAGAAUGCUCAACGGCAGGAAAUCCCCUUAGUCAAUUUACAAAACAUGUACAAGAUGACAAGAGUUUGCAAAGAGACAGGCUGGUUGGUAGAGCGCCUGGAGGCGGUAUGCAGGGCAUGCGCUCAGGGAUGGACAUGAACGGCAGUCAAGAUCAUAUGCUGAACGAUUUCAUGCAACAAAACGGCCAGCUCCCACCAGAAGCUUUUGCUAUGCAACAUGAUCUUCACCAGAAUGCGCACAUGAUAAAUGGAUCUCACUCUCCAGGUGUUGGCGGGUGGGCUCAGGAGUUUAACCCUGGGAUGCCAGGAAUGUCAGAACAGGCAAGGAUGGAGGCAGCGUUUCAAGCACCUAAAGGUACAGCUUUCAGUCCUGCGGAUUUCGCUAGAUUUCAACAGAUGGGGCAAUCAAGCUCCGCGCGCUCUGCCAGUCCUAUGACGCAGAAUAUGACGAAUGGUUAUUCCUAUCAAGGCCCUCAAAUGGGAAUGGGCAUGGGCAUGGGAAUGAUGGGAAUGAACAGAAUGGGCAUGGGCAUGAACAUGAUGAACCAACCACAGUAUCAACAGCCCGCGCAGAACUUACAACAGGAUAAAGGGAAAGGAAAGAUGGUUGAGCUCGAUGAUCAGAAUUGGGAAGAGCAAUUCAAGCAAAUUGACUUGCAGGGAAAGGAGCUCGAAGAAAGUUUGGCGGCGGAAGGAGAAUUAAAUGAAAUGGAUAGGUCAGUCCUUGAAUCCGAAACCAAUGAAUUUGGGGAUUUUGAAUCUAUUUGGAAGGGCAUACAAGCUGAAAACGCUGCUGCUAGGGAAAUGGCUGGCGAAGCAAGCCUUAACGAUAUGAACAUAGGCGAAUUUGGUCAAUGGGAUGGAUUUGAUGCUGUAGGAAUACAUCAGUCACCAUUCCGCGAUCCACAACUCGGAGAUUAUAUGUUUGAAAAGGAGAAUAUUUUUCAAGAUAUCACUAAUCCAUUUGACGAGGGUGUUCGGAUAAUGCAUGAGGGAGGUAACCUGUCUCUUGCUGCAUUAGCAUUUGAGGCUGCAGUACAGAAAGAUCCCCAGCAUACCGAUGCAUGGGUUCUCUUAGGUUUAGCACAAGCGCAGAACGAAAAAGAAACACCCGCAAUACGGGCGUUAGAACAAGCUAUGAAAAUAGAUCCCACGAAUCUUACAGCUCUCAUGGGUCUGGCAGUCUCCUACACAAACGAAGGCUACGACAGUACCGCUUAUCGUACACUUGAGCGUUGGCUCUCUGUCAAAUACCCAUCGAUCAUCCCACCAGGUUCUCUAUCCUCGGAGAAUGAUAUGGGUUUCACUGAUCGGCAUCAACUUCAUGAAAAGGUUACAGACUUGUUCAUUCGUGCCGCUCAGCUCUCACCCGAUGGUGAACACAUGGACCCAGAUGUACAGGUCGGUCUCGGCGUACUCUUCUACGGCGCCGAAGAAUACGAUAAAGCAGUUGAUUGUUUUACCGCUGCUCUCGCCUCAACCGAAUCUGGAACGUCAAACCAAAGAGAUCAAGUUCAUCUCUUAUGGAAUCGUCUUGGUGCCACUCUCGCCAAUUCUGGCCGUAGCGAAGAAGCCAUCGCUGCAUAUGAAAAAGCUCUUACGCUUCGGACCAAUUUUGUGCGAGCUCGUUACAAUCUUGGUGUUUCUUGUAUCAAUAUCGGAUGUUACGAUGAAGCUGCCUCUCACCUUUUAGGUGCAUUAGCAAUGCAUAAAAUUGUGGAAAAUGAGGGCAGAGAAAAAGCAAGAGAUGUGCUCGGUGGUGGUAAUGUCAGUGAAGCGGAUCUCGACAGAAUGAUUUCGCAGAAUCAAAGCACGAAUUUAUAUGAUACAUUGAGAAGGGUGUUUAGUCAAAUGGGAAGGAGAGAUUUGGCGGAACGGGUGGUGGCGGGUAUGGAUGUUGAAAGCUUUAGGGGUGAGUUUGACUUUUGA